CCGGCCGCGGGAGCCGGCGGCCCGGCGGGGCGCGGCGCUUAGGGCAUGCCAGGCGGCUCGCCCCGAUGUUUCACUGGGGCAAGUGGAAGAAGAGGAUGGGAGCGAGCGCCUCGUCCUCCAAGAGACCCGUCUUCGACGAGAGGGAGGACGUGAACUUUGACCACUUCCAGAUUCUCCGGGCGAUUGGGAAGGGAAGCUUUGGCAAGGUGUGCAUUGUGCAGAAGAGAGAUACUGAGAAGAUGUAUGCCAUGAAGUACAUGAACAAGCAGCAGUGCAUCGAAAGGGACGAGGUUCGCAACGUGUUCAGGGAGCUGGAAAUCCUGCAGGAGAUUGAGCACGUGUUCCUGGUGAACCUCUGGUACUCCUUCCAGGACGAGGAGGACAUGUUCAUGGUGGUGGACUUGCUCCUUGGGGGUGACCUACGCUAUCAUCUGCAGCAAAACGUGCAGUUUACAGAAGAAACAGUCAGACUGUACAUCUGUGAGAUGGCUCUGGCUCUAGACUACCUACGCAGUCAGCAUAUUAUUCACAGAGAUGUAAAACCAGACAACAUUCUCCUGGAUGAGCAAGGUCAUGCACAUUUAACAGAUUUUAAUAUUGCAACAAUAAUUAGGGAUGGUGAAAGAGCAACUGCGUUAGCUGGAACAAAGCCAUACAUGGCUCCAGAGAUUUUCCAUUCCUUCCUGAACGGCGGGACGGGUUACUCCUUCGAAGUGGAUUGGUGGUCGUUGGGAAUUAUGGCUUACGAACUCCUUCGGGGCUGGAGACCGUAUGACAUCCACUCCAACAACCCAGUGGAGUCCUUGGUCCAGCUGUUCAGUACUGUCAGCGUUCAGUACUCAUCCACGUGGUCAAAGGAAAUGGUUGCUCUGUUAAGGAAGCUGCUGACGGUGAACCCCGAGCACCGCUUCUCCUGCCUCGCCGACAUUCAGACGUCGGCCUACUUGUCAGGCGUGGUCUGGAGCGACGUCGGCGAGAAACGCGUGGAGCCGGGCUUCGUCCCGAACAAGGGCCGCCUGCACUGCGACCCCACCUUCGAGCUGGAGGAGAUGAUCCUGGAGUCGAGGCCCCUGCACAAGAAGAAGAAGAGGCUUGCAAAGAACAAGUCGAGGGACAACAGCAAAGACAGCUCCCAGUCCGAAAAUGACUAUCUCCAAGAAUGCCUUGAAGCUAUCCAGCAAGACUUUGUCAUCUUUAACAGAGAGAAGCUAAAGAAGAGCCAAGAGCAGACGAGCGAGUCCGUGUCCCCCCCCGAAACCACCGAUGAAGCCGAGACGGAGGCCGAGUCUGAGACCUCCAACUUGAACAUGUGCAGCUCCGUGUGCUCCUCGGCGGGCAGCAGCUAGGCUGGGGGCUGCCGGCCGCCCCGUCCCCGCCCCCCGUUCUCAGGUUGCGCUGAGUAACACCGGCUGCGCUCCGAGACAACCGGAGACGCGCGACAAGUCGUCUCGCAAUGCUGUAGCAACACAGACAGUUCUCACAGAACCGAAUUCGGGAUUUAGGCGAAUGCCGGUCUGCACACCGGGGUGCCUGUCGUGGGUAAGGAUCCUUGCUAUGCAACUCGUCGGAGGAAGUAGACCAAUUUCUUUAUUUGUUCUUUUUUAAUGUCAGAUUGCUGAUCUGGACAUGCUUUUAACACACUAAGAUGCCAACAUACGAAGUUACACCUACAACAAAGGGGCACAGCAGGUGUGGAGCAGGAGGCAGGCUGAACAGGGGUUACACCGUACUCUGGCAUUCCCGGUAGUGAGGGCUGCGCGGGGACGAGCGCUCCCACUGCGAGUCGAAGCAGCCCCAGAGCCUCGCUGGUCCCAGAGGGUGGCAGCAGCCUGGUGAGAGCCAAGGGCAAUGACGGUCCCGUGGUGUAGGGACGGCCCUGUGGCAUGGGAUGGGGUGGCCCGGGCACUCCCUUGUCUCUUCAUCACCUGCCAGAGUCUUUUUCCCGACUCCCGGCAAAUAAAUGUUUUCUGUGCACUCCAUGGAUUCUCCUGGGGCUGGGUAAUGAUUAAACGCAUAACUGAUAUGUAAAAUAUAUCUAAAUAUUUGCUUUCUUCACAUAGCUGUUGUGAGUUGCAAGGAGCUGUGCAAACGGAUCAGAUCAUUCUGGUGCUGUUUGUCCAGGUUCGGAGGAUUUAUUUCAUCAUAGAUGCAGAUUUUAGUGGAAGCAAAGUGGGUGGCCUUACAAUGCUGCUCGAUCACAAAGAGAGGGGAGUAUCUUAUUUCACCCUUCGAUUUACUUUAUUUUCAGUGUAAAGUAAAACUGCUGUGUAUAAUUUACCAAUACCUGUUUUACCUUCUUAAUAAGACAGGAGAUCUCUUUGGCUUGUUCCAGCUGUGGAUGUUACCUUUCUUCUUGUUUCAGGAGCCUUCACUAUAUUAGUUGCUUAAUCUGCUGUACAGUGGCUUUUGGUUACUAUUGCUAAAAAUGAGCCAUUGGGUCUGCUGCAACACAAACCCGUUGUGAUAUGCAAAGGUUUCAUGAGAACUGCAUUCACUUUACAGCUGUCAUAAUCUGUUUGCUGCCAGCCAUUAAGGAGGUUGCUGGGUUUGCAUCCCUCGUGCAGAUUCGUAACACAAAAAGGGAUAGAAAACGUUUUUAACAGAUGCAGACUCUUUUAGGACAAAUUUUGUGUUCAGUGGAUGAAAUAGAAUGGCUUAACCAGUUUAAAACUCUUUUAUAUGAAAAAAAGACACAAAGCAUUUAUUUUCCACAGUUUUAUGUGGAAAUCAGUGAGUGACUAUGUUUGUGCAGAACCAAACUUUCAAAAGUCUUUCAAUAGACGUGUUCAGGUGUGCAGGCACAACUUUUAGGGGGGGGCUGGGGGAAGCCAAAGCUUUUAUACCAGUGGCACAGUUGUGUUCAGGACAGCGCCAGGUACACGGUGCAUCCGAUCAGCAUCUGCGCAGUACAACCCCACGGCUCCACGGAGCGGUGCGGUCCCGUGCGUGGGGCUGGGGGCAAGGCGGCAGGCGCUGAGCGAGCCACGUCGAUAAAUGGGUCCCACGUGCCUUCGGCCCGCUGGCAGCACCUCUCCCCGCGGCAGCCCCGGUUCCCUGGAAGAGAUCCUCGUCGCUCUGCGCCUGAGGGGCACCAGCGCGGUGCCGGGGACACGGGCAGCUCACGGAACUGGGCUCUCCAGCGCGUCGGAGCGAGUCCUGUACAUUUGGAUGUACGGCGGGACCUGCCGGCUUGCUCCUCGGUCCUGUACUGUCUGCGUGCGUUGCGUUUCCCCCAGCCUCUUCGCGGAGCCGGCGGCACGGCUGUGGCUGUUCGGCACCAGCUGCCCUCUGCCUCGGCUGCCCCAGUGGCGGGGUUGUGCUGAGCACCUCUCGCGGCACAGCACCGCUGGGUGUGAGCAGCACGAUCACGGGAACAGCACUUCAGUCUCGAGUCACGGAACCACGUCGAGACAGGCUCUGUCUGGCUUCUGGUGGGAAUAGUCUCAUAACCCUGCUGCCGCGAGGGGCUGGAAACCUGCCUCGUGGCCUGCCAGGAGCCAGGUGGGUGUGAAAGGAGCAGGAUGAGGGUCACGAGAUGUUUUUGUUCAGGAAGUAUGAAUUAUAGGUGGUUUACUUCACCGGUAUGAAUGGUUCUUUUCAUUAAAUUCCAUUUCACUAUUUAGCUUCUUUCUGUAAAUAAUGACAAAUUUAGAGACUCUGAGAUCAACGAGGAGUGUAACGUUUAUUUGGGGACCAAAAUGCACCCUGUGCGGGAGGUACAGGUACAUCCUGUUCAGCCGCAAGCUCUCAGGCCAGAGGAGAUGUCUGCAGUCCUGUAGGACGUGUCUCAUCAGAGAUCUUCAUCGCUUUCUUUAGGACAUGUUACAAAUGGCCCUUAACAUCCCGCUGCUGUGUGCAGACAUGAGCUGGCUCACUUCCCAGAAACCGGAGUGCCUCACUCCAGAACCUGUCUUGGUCAUUUAUGUUCUCCUUUCAGCACUCCGCUUCCUGUAUAAGUGGUGAAAAAUGCCCUCAGCAGCGCUGAGCAGUGACCCGCAAAGCUUCUGGGGAGACACCAUGUCAUGGCUGCUCCCAAGACAAAACGAUCUGGGGGCAGAUCCUGGCUGCCCAGAAAGCACUGCUGAAAUCCAGCAAACACCUAGGGAAACAUGUUUGGGAACUCUCAUUUCUGCCUCACAUCAGAAACUUCUAGAUCUUGCUCACUGGGAACAGGUGACACAACGUAGACUUCUAGGAUCACUGUGCCGUGUAGUCGAGACACCGUGAGUACGAUAUAAUUUGAGUACUCAUUUCCAAAACUGCAUGGACGUACACUUCACUACUGCCCAGUUGGGGAACAGGUUUUAUUGAUGCCUACUUAUGCAGAGACCCCAGAGAUGAAACUGAAAGAAACGAGUAAUUGUAAAAAGGAAACACAGUAAUAAACGGAUACCUGUUUGCUUCACUGUAAAAAAGCCCAGGAUGGGUUUUAAUGUGUCGCCUCUGCUGUGCCCUGCUCCCUGUUGCUGUUUUGUUUGUGUCUGUAUGUUGUCACCUCAAUUCCUGCCGUGGGGCCGUGGGGCAGGGCGUUGUUUGUCACCUCGGGGUGUCGGGGCCGCUCUCUCACCGCCGUCCGUGGCGCGUGGGCUGGGGCGGGUUCGCAUCGGCUGCACCGCUGCUGUCCCCAUGCUGCCGUCCCCGUGCUGCCGUCCCCUGCACGCCCGGCUCCGUGCGGCCCCGUGCCCAGCCCAUGCCCUGGGUGCAGCGUGGGGCUGCCCUGGAGCAGAGCGUGGUGCCCGUGGCCGUGCGGGGUGCUUGUGCUGGGGCAGCAGCGCAGGCACUGCCGGCAGGGCUCGGCGUGCGGCUGUGGGGUGUACACCCUGUGGAAGGGCUGGUUCCUAGGAAAACCGUGUUGCUUUGAAGUCCUCUGUGCCGUUUCUGUCCUUCUGUUCUCCCUCUGUUGCUUUAGAGCCUGAUUCAGCUCCAGGUGUAAGCAAAACUCAUGGUGAAGUCGUGAAGCACUACCGUUACCAAACCCCGUAACGCAGAGCUUGGAAGUUGAUCCAGCUCUGGUUUACAUCUCCACUAGAACCAGAAUACAAUAAUUUUCUGUAUAUAGGUAUUUAAAUACACGUAUUUUUUGUAUGACAGAUUUAUACAGGGUGUGCCAUGAUCUGCUGUGAAAAGUCUGCAUCACCUAUAAAUUAUUCUCCUGAAAUUCCUUGCCAUAAGAGUUUCUUAUCUGUUGUAUUUUGAGGUUCUGCAAAGUUGCAUAUUUUUAAGUGUUUCCAUUGAAUUACACAGACUUCACUGGGAAUUUUGCAUAGAAAACAAAUGCCAGAUCAGGUCCGGAUGUUUCUUUUGUUGCCAGUUCUUUAUUAUUGCUCUAUACCUUGCCAAAAAGAGAAUAGGAGUAAUAAUAGCAAAAAUGCCAAUAAUAUGAACUUGACGUUGGACAGUGCCGAAAUCCUGAUGCCUUGGUAGGGUAUAGUUUUUAAUUAUUUCUGUGUAAAUUGGAUAUGUAAAGCAUAUCUCUGUAUGUUAAGUUCAUACAUUUCUGUAAUUUUAUUGCAUGACAAUACUGCCAUGUCACUGAAGAUUUCAGUUAUGACAACAAAUUUGUGUUUUUGCAGAUA